GCCCGCUCCGCCGCCAUGGCCGCCGCGCACCCGGGCCCCGCCGCGCCCGCCGCCCCCGCCCCGCCGCCUCCUCCCGCCGCUCCGGGCAUCCUCAUCGGCGACCGGCUCUACUCCGAGGUGUCGCUGACCAUCGACCACUCGCUGAUCCCCGAGGAACGGCUCUCGCCCACCCCCUCCAUGCAGGACGGGCUGGACCUGCAGUGCGAGACCGACCUGCGCAUCCUGGGCUGCGAGCUCAUCCAGGCGGCCGGCAUCCUGCUGCGGCUGCCGCAGGUGGCCAUGGCGACGGGGCAGGUGCUGUUCCAUCGGUUCUUCUACUCCAAGUCCUUCGUCAAGCACAGCUUCGAGAUUGUUGCUAUGGCCUGCAUCAAUCUCGCGUCCAAAAUCGAAGAGGCGCCUCGUCGGAUAAGGGACGUGAUCAACGUGUUCCAUCACUUGCGGCAGUUAAGAGCAAAAAGGACUCCAAGCCCACUGAUACUUGAUCAGAACUACAUAAACACCAAAAAUCAAGUAAUCAAAGCAGAAAGGAGGGUACUGAAGGAGUUGGGAUUUUGUGUUCAUGUCAAGCAUCCUCAUAAGAUCAUUGUUAUGUAUUUACAAGUCCUAGAAUGUGAACGUAAUCAAACCCUGGUACAGACAGCCUGGAAUUACAUGAACGACAGCCUCCGGACGAACGUGUUUGUUCGCUUCCAGCCGGAGACUAUCGCGUGUGCGUGCAUUUACCUCGCUGCUAGAGCCCUGCAGAUCCCGCUGCCUACCCGUCCCCACUGGUUCCUGCUCUUUGGCACCACAGAAGAGGAGAUUCAGGAGAUCUGCUUAACAACUCUGAAGCUUUAUACCAGGAAGAAGCCCAAUUAUGAAUUUCUGGAUAAAGAAGUAGAAAAGAGGAAAACGGCACUACAGGAAGCAAAACUGAAAGCAAAAGGUUUAAAUCCAGAUGGAACUCCAGCACUCUCAACACUGGGUGGCUUUUCUCCUGCAUCCAAACCAUCUUCCCCAAGAGAAGUAAAAGCUGAGGAGAAAUCUCCGGUGUCUGUGAAUACCAAAACCAUUAAAAAAGAGCCAGAAGAGAGGCAGCAAACCUCCAAGAGCCCUUACAACGGGCUGAGGAAGGAGAGCAAGAGGAGCCGCAGCAGCCGCAGCGCCAGCCGCUCCCGCUCCCGGACAAAGUCCCGCUCGCGCUCCCACAGCCCCCGCAGGCACUACAACAACCGGCGGAGCCUGUCGGGCACCUACAGCUCCCGCUCGCGCAGCCGCUCGCGCAGCCACAGCGGGAGCCCCCGGCGGCACCACAACCACGGCUCGCCCCACGCCAAGGCCAAGCACGGCCGCGAGGAGCUCAAGGGCAGCAGCAGACACGGCCACAAGCGGAAAAAGUCCCGCUCCCGCUCGCAGAGCAAGUCCCGGGAGCACUCGGAGGCGGCCAAGAAGCACCGGCACGAGCGCAGCCACCACCGGGAGCGGCGCGAGCGCUCGCGCUCCUUCGAGCGCUCCCACAAGGGCGGCAAGCACCACGGCAGCGGCCGCUCGGGGCACGGCCGGCACCGCCGCUGAGCCCUGGCACUGCGGGGCUGGGCCAGCCCCGGCACCGAGCCCUGGCACUGCGGGGCUGGGCCAGCUCCAGCACCGAGCCCUGGCCCUGCGGGGCUGGGCCAGCUCCGGCACCGAGCCCUGGCACUGCGGGGCUGGGCCAGCUCCAGCACCGAGCCCUGGCCCUGCGGGGCUGGGCCAGCUCCGGCACCGAGCCCUGGCACUGCGGGGCUGGGCCAGCUCCGGCACCGAGCCCUGGCCCUGCGGGGCUGGGCCAGCUCCAGCACCGAGCCCUGGCCCUGCGGGGCUGGGCCAGCUCCGGCACCGAGCCCUGGCACUGCAGGGCUGGGCCAGCUCCAGCACCGAGCCCUGGCACUGCGGGGCUGGGCCAGCUCCAGCACCGAGCCCUGGCACUGCGGGGCUGGGCCAGCUCCAGCACCGAGCCCUGGCACUGCGGGGCUGGGCCAGCUCCGGCACCGAGCCCUGGCACUGCGGGGCUGGGCCAGCCCUGGCACCGAGCCCUGGCACUGCGGGGCUGGGCCAGCUCCAGCACCGAGCCCUGGCCCUGCGGGGCUGGGCCAGCUCCGGCACCGAGCCCUGGCACUGCAGGGCUGGGCCAGCUCCAGCACCGAGCCCUGGCACUGCGGGGCUGGGCCAGCUCCAGCACCGAGCCCUGGCACUGCGGGGCUGGGCCAGCUCCAGCACCGAGCCCUGGCACUGCGGGGCUGGGCCAGCUCCAGCACCGAGCCCUGGCACUGCGGGGCUGGGCCAGCUCCGGCACCGAGCCCUGGCACUGCGGGGCUGGGCCAGCCCUGGCACCGAGCCCUGGCACUGCGGGGCUGGGCCAGCUCCGGCACCGAGCCCUGGCACUGCGGGGCUGGGCCAGCCCUGGCACCGAGCCCUGGCACUGCGGGGCUGGGCCAGCUCCAGCACCGAGCCCUGGCACUGCGGGGCUGGGCCAGCUCCAGCACCGAGCCCAUGGACUGCAGGGCACCGCCCGGGCUGCAGCAGCUUCAGCCCCGUCUGGUUUCCGAAAAGGUGUAGAAGAAUUUUUUUCUCGUGGGAAAGAAACUGUUACCAACUUUUGCACAUAAUACCUUAGCAGUAUCCCAGAGGUGGCAAACGAUCAGGUUCACUGUAUGUAUUAGAGUUGUGUAUUGUUUAUUGAGCUGAGAACUGGAGAAAGGAUUUCUGUAAAAAAGCAAAACGUACAUUAUUUUUAUACCAGUCAAUUGCAGACGCUUAUAUUUAAGUAUAGUUAUUUGUUUAAACAUGGUGGAGACUUUCUUACACUGGUUUUAGUCUGCAUGUGUUCAAAGAUUUUUACAAAAAAUAAAAUAUAAGGCUUUUUUUUUUUUUA